UUAUCAUUGAACAUCUGCGAGAUGCACAUGGAUGCGAGGCUCAUGUAGUAUCGGAUGAGGACCCCGUCACAGCACAGCAGCUGGUGCAGACAAAAUACCGCGAAUCAGCCAAGAAGAUUUAAGACAGCGUGGCCUGUUCUUCACUUCCCAAACUUCAGACCUACAAGGUCAGCAACACCGAUUGAGAUACCAACACUUCGCCAGCUCGACACAGCUACUGCGGCGGGUGCUGCUGUGGCGAUACUUCCUACAAUCAGCAUGCAGCACUCCCUGAAACGGAUGUUUAUCGAUCUGACGAGACCACUCGGCUGGAUCAUGCUACUUUGCAUUGCCUUUGAUGCCGUUGACGCACAAAAGCCACGACAAUGCCGCAAAGUUGGGAUGCAACUAUCUACAGUCAUAUUCUUGGAUCUCCUGCAACAAGCGCAAUUUGAAAAGACGGGCGACCAAAACAAGGCAUGCAAGAACGCCUGUUCAAGCCAUAUUAACCACGUGCGUUUCAACCCCCCCGCUUAUCCAGAUCCGUCUGCUUUUCCAAAUGAACAGUGUCACGAACAAGGACCAUUUUGUCUAAGCUGGUAUUCAGUGCCCUUGCCUCUGGCACUCCCACAAGAGGAGCAUCUCUAUGCUCGGAGAUUUGACGAGAAUGCACAUUAUCUUCAACACACCCUCGAUGGAUUUCCAGCCGGGAUUUACGCCCAAGGCUCAUCAAUAGCUGCAGGCUUUGGGUUGUGGCCCAUGAUCAAAGCGCCAAGAUCCAAGAAGAAGACCCCAAACGCAGUCGGUACAAGCAAAUUGGGAUGUCAAUGUACGAUGGAUCUGUAUUUUCCGACGAUGUCCGUGAUCCCAGCUGUAUUUCCAGCGAAUUGGCGAUGGACAUGGAACACUGAGAGCGAUAUAUGCCAUCCCGAUGCAAUACAGGCCCGUAUUCGGACCAGUUUGGGCGAACUUGGGUUUCCUUCUUUUCAAAUAACCAAGAAAUGGAGCGAUCAUCCUGGUUAUGGAGGGGAAGAGGGAUCUGCACAAGUAUUUCAAUGUCCCGACUCAUCAAUGGUGACUGAGGAUAUGUGUUUACCAUAUCCAGAGGGCUUCACACAUCUCCUGCCGAAGUAUACGCUCAUGCGACGACUCCCUGAUGAUGGCGCGAGCUCGAGCUCAGGGAACCAGCCUCAUGGACUUGUCUGACAAGAGCCAACUCAUGGUCUCCAGCUGCCGAGAGGCCUAGAGGAAUCAAGCAGAACACACACUGGGCUUCAGGACGCAAUGCACUGACUGGAACAGGUAUGAGAAGAAUUGUCUUGCUUCUUUUGGAGCAUUGGUCGUAUAGCUAGCAGCCGUAGCUUUUAAUUAGACUUUAUUGUCAAG